AUGAGGGCCUAUCAGAUCGAGAUGCUCGACAAGAGCCUCAAGCACAAUGCCAUUGUUGCUAUGGACACCGGAAGUGGCAAAACUCAAGUAGCCGUGCUUCGUAUCAAGAAAGAGCUGGAAACUUGCGAUGCGACAAAGAUUAUAUGGUUCAUCGCCACGACGGUUGCGCUGUGUGAACAGCAACACGACGUGCUCAAGCUGCAGAUACCUGCUGUGCCCAUGAUGACACUGGCUGGUAAUUCCAAUGUCGAUACUUGGGGGCCGGAUAUUUGGAAGACUCUUCUCGAAAAGGUUCGAGUCGUCAUCUCGACACCCCAGAUUCUGCUCGAUGCUCUUGAUCACGCUUACCUCAACAUGGAUAUUCUGGCGUUGCUUGUGUUUGAUGAAGUCCACAACUGCAUUGGCAAAAGUCCAGGCGGCAAGAUCAUGCUCAACCAUUACCAUCCGCACAAGGCGGCUGGUAACAGCGUGCCUGCUAUUCUGGGCUUGACGGCAACUCCAAGCAUUCAAUCUGAGCGCCAAGAUCUCGAUGCCUUGGAAUGGCUGAUGGACGCAAGAUGCGUCUCGCCCACUCUCCAUCGGGACGAACUUCUCAAAUGCGUCAAGAGGCCCAAGAUCAAGCACGUCAUCUACUUUCCCGGCGAAGAAGACUUUAUGACUCCCACUAUGCGCGACCUGGACCGGGUUUAUCGAGAGCUGGACAUUCGAGAAGAUCCCUACAUCCUCAUGCUGCGCAACGACCUCUCGGACCGGAAUAAGCGGAGCUUGGUCAAGGCGCUUGAGAAGUAUGACACCUACACGCAGAAUCAUAUGAAGUCCUUCUGCGCCCGGUCGAGAGAGGUAUGCAGGCAGCUUGGCCCCUGGGUUGCUGACCUGUACAUCUGGAAGGCCAUCUCAUCUUACUUGGAGAAUAUGGACAAGAAAAAAGAUGGAGUCGAUGAGUAUGGUAACAAGUGGUCGUCGGGCCCCCCGACGAGCUACCUGGAAAAGAAACACCUGGCCGACAUCUAUCGCCGCGUCAAAGUCCAACCUCCUCCCGAGGUGCCACAGGCCUUUGACGACAUUUCGGACAAAGUUGGCCGACUGCUCACCGAGCUGCUAUCGAUAGAAGAGGCCACAGUGGGCAUCAUUUUCGUCCAGGAGCGAGUCAUGGUGGCCAUGCUGGCCGAGGUCCUCUCCAUCAACCAGGCCGUCACGUCUCGGUAUCGAAUCGGGACCAUGGUUGGAACCUCGAAGCAUGCUGCACGAAAAAAGGCCGUCCACGAGUUUGACCAGAAGACGGACUAUAAGGAUCUGCAGAGCUUCCGCUCUGGCAAGAUCAACCUGCUGAUUGCGACGUCAGUGUUGGAGGAGGGCAUCGACGUGCCUGCCUGCAACCUCGUUAUAUGCUUCGAUGAGCCCACGACCCCAAAGGCGUUUAUUCAGCGGCGCGGACGGGCUCGCUCCAAGGACUCGAGACUCGUUCUUUUCUUUGACCACGCCAACCCUGCUAUACAACAGUGGCAGGCUAGAGAGGAGGAAAUGAAUAAGAUUUUUGAAGACGAAGAGAGGGCGGCACGUGAGCUCAGCAGACUGGAAGACUCGGAGGGCCCGAGCAGCAUGUUCUUCAUCGUCCCGUCCACCGGCGCAAGGCUGGAGUUUGACAAUGCUAAGCAGCACCUCGAGCACUUCUGCAGAGUCUUGUGCCCGUCAGAUUAUGUGGACAGCCGCCCGGACUACAUCAUCCAGAACGAGGGCGACUCUUAUUUGAAGGCCACCGUGCUGCUCCCUCCAUUUCUGCCGGUGAAGCUGAGGCAGCACACCAGUGCUUCCCCUUGGCGCUCCGAGAAGAACGCUACCAAGGAUGCCGCAUAUCAGGCGUAUCUCGCCUUAUAUGACGCGAAGCUGGUCAACGACAAUUUGCUGCCCUUAAAGUCCAGCGACAUGUUGUCCGGACUCGAUAAGCGAGUAUCCGAGGUGCCGGUUGAGCCGUUGAUGAAGCCAUGGCAUCAUGUUGCUCCUGCAUGGCGGGAAGCUGGCGACAAGUGGCUUUACUCCGUGAGUUGCGUUGAGGAGGAUGGCCGAGUGAGUGCCGAGUACGAGAUUCUUCUGCCGGUCUGGCUGAACCAGCCCCAACCUUUGCGAAUGUUCCUCGACCGCAACCACAUUGUGGAGCUCCGGCUGGGGGCUGGGAAACCCGUGCCGCAUGAACAGGUUGCGUCCUUGCCAGAUCAUACCUCGACUCUGCUGGCGCUGCACUUUGGUCACCGGUGGCCGGUUGAGCAAAGAGAGCACGUAAUUCGUGUCUGGGCGAAAGAUCAGUCAUUAUCGAUGGACCAAAUUGGCGACGUCACAUACGAUCCCCAGAAUGAGAGAUUCAACCAGGGAGAGUUCCUCAUCCGGGACAACACCAAAGCCCCCUAUCUGUACAAGGACACUAUCGCGUUCAAGCCCGAAGCGAGCCAGGUCCAGAAUACCUUUUACGAGUAUGACAAGGCGCCCGAAAACGUGCCCUAUCUCGUGCUCACCAAGUGGACGCGGCGGACAGACUUUCUGCACCCCCUUCAGGGAGAUCCCACCAAGAACGAGGUCAGCAGCAAGCCGUACGCGCGCGUGUAUCCGCUGCAGUUGGCGACCGUCGAUUCCAUCCCGGCCAGGCAUGCCCAGUUUGGCAUGUUGAUCCCGAGCCUGAUACACGAGCUCGGCGUCAUGCUCUUGGCUAAAGAGCUGGCCCACUCCGUUCUGCAAAGAAUUGGUAUUUCGGAUCUGUAUCUGGUCAAGGAGGCCAUCAGCGCGCGGAGUGCCUCGGAGCCGGUGAACUACGAAAGGUUGGAGUUUCUGGGCGAUUCGAUUCUCAAGUUCUGUGCCUGUAUGCGCGCUGCUGCUGAAAAGCCCGAUUAUCCUGAGGGCUAUCUCUCAUUCUGGCGGGACCGGCUCGUUUCCAACUCCAGGCUGUACAAAGCCGCUCUCGAGUUUGGGCUGCCGCGAUUCAUGGUAACAAAGCCCUUUACCGGCCAAAAGUGGCGUCCAUUUUACUUGGAUGAUGUCCUCCAAGAAGGGGACGGCGCUGUUCCAGAGAAGAGGAAACUAUCUACAAAGACACUCGCAGAUGUGGUUGAAGCACUGAUUGGGGCAUCGUACGUUGAUGGGGGUCUUGCCAAGGCGGUGACUUGCAUCUCCACGUUCAUCCCCGAAGGCUUGUGGACAAGUGUGGAUGCAGACAGGGAGUCUCUUUACGCGAGAAUGCCAGAGGACGAGCCUCUUCCGCCGACGUUGGAGCCGUUGGAGACCCUGAUUGGAUACAAGUUUCGAAAGAAGGCUCUCUUGAUUGAGGCCCUGACGCAUGCCUCCUACGCGGCAGACACAGGAAAACGGUCUCUCGAGAGGCUGGAAUUCAUAGGAGACGCUGUCCUGGACAACAUAAUCGUUACGAAGCUGUUUAAACUGAAGCCGGCGCUGGCCCACUUUCGGAUGCAUACACUGAAAACGGGCUUGGUGAAUGGCGAGUUCCUUGCUUUUAUGACGAUGGAGCACGGGGUGCAACUGGCGGCGAACCUUGUGGUGAAGGACGAUGGUUCCAUGGAGACCCCGGAUGACGUCUCCUACUUGUGGUCCUUUAUGAGGCAUGCCUCGUUUCCCAUUGCUAUCGAGCAGAAAGAGACGACAAAGCGGCACGCGGCUCUGAGAGAGCAGAUUCUCGACGCCAUGGAGAAGGAUGACCACUACCCCUGGGCCCUUCUGGCCGCGCUGAACCCCAAGAAGUUUUACUCGGACCUGUUCGAGGCCGUUCUGGGCGCCGUGUGGAUCGACUCUGGGUCGCUGGCGGCGUGCGAGGGGAUGGUUGCGCAGUUUGGGAUACUAAAGUACAUGGAUCGGCUGCUGCGUGACGAAGUCCGUGUGCAGCAUCCUAAGGAGGAGCUGGGCAUGUGGGCGAACACGGAGACUGUGACGUACGAGCUGGAAGUCAAGGACAGCGAGCAGAGCGCGGGGGAGAAGGAGUACUUUUGCAAGGUGUUUGUUGGGAAGCGGGAGGUUGUGGUUGUGCGCGGGGGGGUCAAUAAGGAGGAGGUGAAGACGAAGGGUGCGACGGAGGCGUUACGGAUUUUGAGGGAGGAGAAGAGGCUUAGUACCGGGGAUGUGGUGAUGGUGGGAUUGUGA